GGACCGAUCCCCCACACACCGACGCCGACGACAUGGACCUCUCCACCGCAACCGACAAGCCCCCUGCCGUCCGCUUCGUCGCGAAACUUCAUCCUCCCGUUGUCGUGCCGUGGCACGUCGCGCAUCAUCUCUAUACGGCCGUCGAGGCGCCGUUCCCACCGGAGAAUAGCGGUCGAUGCGCACUAUUCGAGGACCUCGUGGUGCAGGCGGACGCGGGGGAUGCGUCGGGCGAGGGGGACGGGAUGGAGGCGGUGACGACGGUGCUGACCCAAGGAGCGAGCAGAGAGACAGAGGUGCGGCACCGUAACGUGCUGAGUUCGGAUCGCAGCGAGUUCGGGUUCGUGGUGGAGAGUCUGCCGUUUUCGCAUCCGAAGCAGCUAGUGAUGCUCCUCCCGGUACGUGCCCCCCUAUCUUCAUAAGUCAUCCACUAACGAACGCCAGAUCCUCCGCCAACAUGCCCUCCUCUCCCA